UCUUCAAAAAUGUCAGAAGAUCUAAAUAAAAUUUUGCUUAAAAAAAGUUUGAAGAAUAAGGAAAUAAUUAAACCUUUGGUAUGGAUUUCAAUGUCAAUUGGUUGUAAUAUUAAAUACGCAACAUCAUUUAAAGAUCCAGUAAAGUUAAUAAGCUUGACCCUGGUCAUAUUAUCUAUACUGGGCCUGGGUGGUCAAUAUUAUUUCAUUUGGGAGAAUCGUUCCAAAUCUUUGCUGACAUAUACAGAUGCCAUCUGUACCUCUUUUCAAACAUGGAUUUCGAUCAGCAAAUUGUUUCAUUUCGCUUUUACCCAACAUAAAUUUGAAAAAUUGGUAAAAAUGGCUCAGAAUACGGAAAUUUUACAAAACUUUGAAAUAUUUGAACUAAAUAUCUUCAACAAAAAGCAUAUAACCGAAGAGAUUCAAGGCAUACUUCACGAUUCGUGGCUAGAUAUAAAACGUCAAUUAAAUUUUUAUAUUAUCAGUGUAUUUGGCAUCGUGGGUUGGUAUUAUUUUAGUUGUUUAGCUGUCAAUAUCUACAAUACGUAUACCUAUGACAGUCCCACGGAAUUUGAAUUAUUAUAUCCAUUUCAAGGCGCUUUUCCCAUGUGGCGUGAUAAAGGUAUACAAUUUCCUUACUAUUUUAUAACCUACAUAAUAAGUGGCUCUGAGACCCAUAUAUCGGGAAUGUCUGCUGUAAGUUUUGCCGGUCUUUAUAUUGUCACCUCUUUGCAUACUUUGGCUUUAUUGAAAAUUCUACGCCGACUUGUUGUCUAUUCGACAACUGAGGAUGUUUUGCCGCAAGAACGUGUUAAAUAUAUAUUGGCCUGGGCUAAGUUGCAUCAACGUAUAUAUGAAUAUUUUUACGAGAUUAAUUCUUUGUAUUAUAUUCAGAGUGCUCCCCUGUUUCUUUGUAGUAUGCUGGUCAUAUGUUUGUUAAUAUUUCAGGGCAGUGUUGGUCUGGGAUCCGAUGUUGAUGUUGUCAUAAAAAUGGUUCUUUAUUUUUCUGCAGCUGGUUUUGAGGUUUCUAUGUUUUGCUUUAAUGGUCAACGUUUAACAUCGGAGAGUGAACGACUGCCAGUGGCUCUUUAUAACUGUAAAUGGUAUGACGAAAAUACUGAAUUCAAAUUCAUUAUACGCAUGAUGCUAAUGAGAACCAAUCGCACGUUGGCAAUACAAGUGGGGGGCUUCACCACAAUGUCUCUGGUUACACUGUUGGGAAUUAUGCGUUCCAGUUUUUCCUAUUGUCUGCUGCUGCGUGAAUUCAACAGUGAAUAAGCAAUAUAUGGUAGCAGAUCAAGUACAAUUCGAAAUAAAUUUUACACAAAGUUUCAAAAAUACAUCAAAA